CCCCAAUUCAAUCAUUCCGUCUGUUCUCUCUCUGCAACCGACUCAAGUUGGCCCAACUGUCUCCCAAUCGUCACAUUAUCCCUAUUCAAAACAGUUUUUCUGGGAGCUGUUGUUCCUUCCGCAGUAUCUCGCAAACUUCUUCCCCCACGAAGACUGUACAGCAACCAGAGCGCCCUCGUACCGACGAGUCUCCGAGAGCGAGCCAUUUCCAGGCACACGACCACCACACAGGGCAGCAGUGACACUUUCCUUUAGUCGGUCCAAAUCUUUCGAAAUCAUGUCUUCGACGGAGCAAGCAACCCCUCAGGGGCCUAGAGGCGACGGAAACCGGGGUAAAGGCCGAGGGCGCGGAGCACCUCGAGGCAACCGUAGUCGGGGUGGUGAUGGUGCUGGUCGCGGUGGCGCUGGUGCUGGCCGUGGAAAGGGCAGAGGUGGAGGACAACAACAGCAGCAGGGCGCACCUACAGCCUUGCAGGACAGCUCUUCCGGCGACAGCAACCCCGCCCAGUGGAAGACACAACAGCAGGAAGCACAAGACGACGACGACGAGGUGUGCUUCAUUUGCGCUAACACCAUUACACACCACUCUGUUGCGCCUUGUGGCCAUUCCACAUGCCAUAUCUGCGCCCUGCGGCUAAGGGCACUUUAUAAGACCAAGGAAUGCCCGCAUUGCCGAACGGCCGCUCCCUUCGUUAUCUUUACCGACGACCCCAAUAAACGCUUCGAAGAGUAUACGAGCAAGGAAAUUACGAGUACGGAUGACAACAUUGGAAUCAAGUACGCGGGCGAGGAAAUUGUUGGCGAUACUGUCCUUCUCCUGCGAUAUAACUGCCCCGGCGGAGAGUGUGACUUCGCCGGUCUAGGUUGGCCCGAUCUGCAUCGCCAUGUGCGCUCUGUUCACCACAAAAAGCUUUGUGACCUGUGUACGAGGAACAAGAAGGUCUUCACCCACGAGCACGAAAUGUUUACAGAUAAGGAGCUACGCGACCAUAUGAGCCGCGGCGACGACAAGCCCGGUGCCGUUGAUCAGACCGGGUUCAAGGGACAUCCGCUCUGCGGCUUCUGCGGCGAAAGAUUCUAUGAUAACGACAAGCUUUACGAGCAUUGCCGCAGUAAGCACGAGAGAUGCUUCAUUUGUGAUCGCCGCGACUCCCGGCAACCGCAUUACUACCUGAACUACGAUGCUCUGGAGAAGCAUUUCAAGCAGGAUCAUUUCAUUUGCCAGGAACGGGACUGCCUGGAAAAGAAGUUUGUCGUUUUCGACAGCGAGCUGGAUCUGAAGGCUCACCAGCUUAGCGAGCACGGAAACUCGUUGUCGAAGGAUGUUAGGCGAGACGCACGCGUGGUUGACAUUUCUGGCUUCGAGUUUAGGUCUUCAUACCAGGAGGAGCGUGGCGGCAGAGGUCGCGGGGGAAGAGACGGGCGAGGCGCACGCGGUCGGGAUCCCAAUGCCGAGGCGUUGCCCGUCAGUACUGCUCAGCCUCUACGAAGAGACGAGCUUGCUUUUCAGCGGCAGAUGGCUAUUGCCCAGUCAGCAUCCUCUGCGCGUCCGAGCGCGGGUCCUUCUUCCGGCACUCGCCCAGCCGGACAGACCUCUGUAAUUCAAUCACGACCAUCCAGGCCCCAGCAACAACGCGAGCAGCAGCAGCAGCAGCAGCCCAUUAUUGAUGCCAUGCAAAACCUCAGCGUUACUGAGCUCUCGUCUCUUACCCCUGAGCAGCGUGCUAGUCUUACACGGCACGGUGCGGUGAUUGAGCGUGCUUCGAACCUCCUUGGCAACGAUACCGCCAAGAUCAACCAGUUCCGGUCUUAUAUCUCGAACUUUAACAAGGGCUCGAUGACUGCGGACCAGCUGAUCGAUGCUUUCUUCUCCCUCUUCUCCGAGACCUCGUCCAAUGCACUAGGCACUCUGGUACGAGAGGUUUCUGAUCUGUUUGAUGACAAGAACAAGGGCGCUUCUCUCCAUAGGGCAUGGCAAAACCACCGAGUCAUCAAUGAGGACUACCCCAGUCUCCCAGGCCUCGGCGGUAUGCACGGUGCUACAACAGCAAGCAGCGGAUGGGCCGCCGCCGCCUCGGCGACCCCAGUUACUCUACACUCCAACGGAGGCCUAGCAAACGCACAGUCGCGUCAUUCUAACCAUGUCCUAAAGCUCAAGAACAGCACCAGGAUAGGCAGCGCUAGCGAGCGUGGCCUGGAGCGAACAGUCGCCUCUCUCCAGGCCGGAGGAUCAAGCAGCAGCAGCUCGAGCAGACUCGUGCCCGGCACGAACGCCUACGCCGCCCAUGUUCGUCCCACCGUCAACAACUCCGCAGCGUUCCCUGCGCUCCCGGGAGCCAAGAAGCCCGCCACCACAUCAGGCUUGUCAGGCUUUACUGCGGCCGCGGCCGCCGGUUCAUCAUCAUCUUCUUCCCGCCCCGUCGCUGCCCCUGCAUCUUCUUCUCGACCCAGCGGCGGCAGCACGGCCACCACCAUCGCGAGGAAGGUCGCCGGCGGCAGUGGCAGUAUGCAGAAGCCCGGAAACGAGGACGCCUUCCCGGCACUUCCCGCGGCGCCUAAGCCUACUACUACUCUGUUCGGCUACGGCAGAGGUGCGGUGCGGAGAGACUUUGGUCAGCCCAAGGAGACCGGAUUUAACUGGAACGCUGGAAGCGGAAGCGGCGGUGCGUCGGGCUCGUCUUCGGCUCAACAGGCUGGUGGUGAGGGUGAUGCGGAUGGCGCUGGGAGUGGGAAGGGCAAGAAGAAGCAGAAGAAGCAGGUUUUGGUGCAGUGGGGUUAGGUACCGUAUAGGCCUGAGACACUGAGCGGGUAGCUAUGUAAUGGGAGGAUGUUGAAUGUUAAAGCGUACUCCAUAUCAGAAAUUCUUGUCAAGUCCUUCAGAAUGACGGAUCAGAGAUAUUACAAUAGCGCAGACUGUUGGUGAACGAGGGACGAAAAGCGGAUGGAUGUAUUCAAAGUUGACGUAACUGAGAACCACAGCGCAACGUUUUCAGCACACAUAUGUGCCCCAGAUCAGAUACUUCUCCGGUGUGAAAUUAUAUAUAGUUUCCAUGAGUUGAUCUACGAUAACACAAUGCAGGAACAAAGUCGAACAAACCAACGAACGAAACGAGUGACAGUCAUACAUAGAUC